GGAAAAAGUCGGGCGGAAAAUCCCAACGUUGAAUUUUUGAGUGACUUUCCGUCCGGAGCUCUCCAUUCAAAAAAAUCCAAUUCCCACAUUUCAACAAGACAAGACAAGAACUCCCAGACCCUAACUAAAGCCCACGAUAACCUUUUACCUACCCUCCGGCUUUUUACCUCAGUCUUCUUCACUUCCAAAGGUUUUUUUUUUUUUUUCCCUCUUUCUUCAUCACGACGACGGUCACAAUGUUCUCGCGCGCUCUGCGAGUUCCGAGAGCCGCAGCGCCUUUAGCGCGAGUCCGAGCUGCCAGACCCGUCGCUACCACGCCUUUUCGCUCAGUUACUACAAACGCUGCUACCUCCCAUGCUGACAAGAGCGCCGUUCCGGAUGAUGACGACAAGCCCUUCCAAGUCACUCUAAGUGACGAGAGCUUCGAGACAUAUGAGUUGGACCCUCCCCCUUACACUCUUGAUGUCACCAAGAAGGAACUCAAGCAGAUGUACCGCGAAAUGGUGGUUACUCGGCAAAUGGAGAUGGCCGCCGAUCGAUUGUACAAGGAGAAGAAGAUCCGAGGUUUCUGCCACCUUUCCACAGGUCAAGAGGCUGUCGCCGUUGGUAUCGAACACGCGUUGACUAAGGAGGACGAUAUUAUCACUGCCUACCGAUGCCACGGUUACGCUCUGUUACGUGGAGCUCCCGUUAGAGCCAUCAUUGGUGAAUUACUGGGCCGACGUGAGGGUAUCGCCUACGGAAAGGGUGGUUCCAUGCACAUGUUCACUAAGGGCUUCUACGGCGGUAACGGUAUCGUCGGUGCUCAGGUCCCUGUAGGUGCCGGCUUGGCUUUCGCGCACAAGUACAACAACACCAAGAAUGCUGCUGUUAUCUUGUACGGUGACGGUGCUAGCAACCAGGGUCAGGUUUUUGAGGCUUUCAACAUGGCUAAGCUCUGGAAGUUGCCUGCUUUGUUCGGCUGCGAGAACAACAAGUAUGGUAUGGGUACGGCUGCUGCUCGAUCUUCUGCCCUUACCGACUACUACAAGCGGGGUCAGUACAUCCCUGGUCUUAAGGUAAACGGCAUGGACGUCCUUGCAGUGAAAGCCGCCGUCAAGUACGGUAAGGAAUGGACCGUUGCCGACAACGGCCCUCUCGUCCUUGAAUACGUCACCUACCGAUACGGUGGUCACUCCAUGUCCGACCCCGGCACCACCUACCGAACCCGUGAGGAGAUCCAGCGCAUGCGAUCGACCAACGACCCCAUCGCCGGCCUCAAGCAGAAGAUCCUCGACUGGGAAGUCUGCACUGAGGACGAGCUCAAGACGAUCGACAAGGAGGCCCGCAAGCACGUCAACGACGAGGUAGCCAUCGCCGAGGCCAUGGCCGUCCCCGACACCACGCCACAAAUCCUAUUCGAGGAUAUCUACGUCCGAGGAACGGAGCUGCAGUUCAUGCGUGGCCGCAUACCCGAUGAGAACUUCUACUUCCACGCCUAAAUUUUAUCAGCGCUGGCGGUGUAGUAAGCAUUUGGACAUGAACGACGCAUUUUUUAAAAGAAAUAUAUAUAUCCCCUUUUUUUUUGCAGCAUCCCUGUAGUGUAAAAUAUAGGUGGGCAGGCCGGGCUGGGCCGGAGGGUUGGAGUAAUGAACGAAGUCAAAUGUCUCGAUUACGCCCCAAUCAUCAACAUAGUUAACAGGUACCUAACAUACCUAUUCACCCAUGUGGACUAGACUGUCGAUCUAGUCGAACUCAGCCUUGUUUGUGGUCCUGGAGGUAAAAUAGACGAGAGAUGAUACCAGACGAUGCUUCU